AUGGUAAUCUGUGACGGAGCAGGCCUUAAAGAAAGAUCUGUCCCAGCACAGCCAGCAUCACCAGAACCUGAGGAGACCAUCCAGCCUGCUGAGAAGCCGUAUGUUGAGUCAGAGCACAAGAAUGCUGACAUAGAAGUGGAAGAGGAAAUUCAGUCUGUUCCUCAUGAAGCUCUCCAUUCCCAGCCUGGAGAGACACAUGAAGAUGUAGAUGAUAACAUAAAUGACGAGUGGCAAGUGAAGGAGGAAAUACAUGGAGAAACUUUUGAAGCUCCUACAAGAGAUGACUUGCUCAGAGAAUUAGAGAAUGAAGUGCCAGAAGCAUAUGAGACACCAGACUCGGUUCAGAAAGAUGCUGACUUUUUUGCAGAUGAUCUUGGAGCAAUGGAGCCUGAACCAUAUGAAGCUCCAGUUUCAUAUGAUUAUGGUGUGGAUGUGGAAAAGUCAGUAGGUGAUCCAGAAGCUCCAGAUGACUCUGAGCUGAUGCUAGAAGACGCUAUUGAACAUCACCCAGAGGAUAGAGUGCAUGAGGAUUAUCAUGAACACCAUGAACCCAAACAUGAAAAGCAGACUGAGACUCAAGAUACAGAGGAGGUGAAUGAAACUUUUGAUAUUGAUAAAGAGCUGUCAGGUUUUUAUAUAGAAAGUAAGCAUGCAGAAGAUCCUGUCACAACGGAACCAGAGGAAUCAGAAAUGCCUGUUCAAGCUGAGGAUUAUUCAAAUGAUGAUCUAGUGGGGAAAAGUGAAAGAGAAACUGAACAAGACAGAACAGAAAUAGCUAAAAAGAAGAAGAAGCCAAAGCUCUUGAACAAGUUUGAUAAGACCAUUAAAGCUGAACUAGAUGCUGCAGAAAAAUUACGUAAAAAAGGAAAAGUUGAAGAAGCUCUAAGGGCCUUUGAAGCAUUAGUGAAUCGAUAUCCACAGAGUCCUCGAGCAAGAUACGGGAAAGCACAGUCUGAAGAUGAUUUAGCUGAGAAAAUGAGAAGUAACGAGAUACUGCAGAAAGCUAUCAACACCUAUGAUGAGGUGGUUACUCUGCCAAAUGUCCCAUCAGAUCUGAUAAAACUGAGCUUGAAACGAGAAGCUGACAGGCAGCAGUUUCUUGGUCGCAUGAGAGGUUCCCUGAUUACUCUACAGAAAUUAGUUCAGCUGUUUCCCAGUGAUACUUCAUUCAAGAAUGACCUUGGUGUUGGUUACCUAUUGAUAGGAGAUAACAGCAAUGCCAGGAAAGUAUAUGAAGAGGUUCUAAGCCUGGCUCCAAAUGAUGGCUUUGCCAAAGUGCAUUAUGGCUUCAUCCUGAAGGCAGAAAACAAGAUAGCAGAGAGCAUACCCUAUCUAAAGGAAGGGCUAGAGUCUGGUGACCCUGGCACAAAUGAUGGACGCUUUUAUUUUCAUCUGGGUGAUGCCUUGCAGAGAAUGGGAGACAAAGAGGCAUACAAGUGGUAUGAACUUGGAUACCAAAGGGGUCACUUUGCAUCAGUUUGGCAGCGCUCCCUCUACAACGUCAAGGGACUGAAAGCUCAGCCUUGGUGGACAGCAAAGGAAACUGGUUAUACAGAACUGGUGAAGUCCUUAGAAAAAAACUGGAAGCUCAUUCGGGAUGAGGGACUUGCUGUGAUGGAUAAAAAAAGAAGCCUCUUCCUACCUGAAGAUGAGAAUCUGCGAGAAAAGGGAGACUGGAGCCAGUUUACCUUAUGGCAACAAGGAAGAAAAAAUGAGAAUGCUUGUAAAAGUGUUCCGAAAACAUGCACUUUACUGGAAAGAUUCCCGGAAGCUACUGGCUGCAGAAGAGGGCAGAUCAAAUAUUCUAUCAUGCACCCAGGGACUCAUGUUUGGCCCCACACUGGGCCCACCAAUUGUCGGCUAAGGAUGCAUUUGGGCUUGGUGAUACCUAAGGAAGGCUGCAGAAUUCGGUGUGCCCAAGAGAACAGAACCUGGGAAGAAGGGAAAGUUCUUAUUUUCGAUGACUCUUUUGAACAUGAAGUAUGGCAGGAUGCUGAGAAUUCUCGCCUGAUAUUCAUUGUGGAUGUGUGGCACCCUGAGUUAACAGCACAACAGAGACGCACCCUUCCUGCCAUUUAAGGGGUUCCUUCUGAUGUGUGGAGCAGAGGAGCUUUAAUCCCUUUGGAGUAUGCAAAUAGGAUUAAUUUAUCCAGAAUAUGAAGAAUACAAGUAUUGUAGGGGUUAGAAGAGAUAAGGAUGACAUUCUGCAAUCACAGAGGACUUGAUUUAAAAUAAGGAAAAAA